CUCUAUAAACUGAAUUGUCAAAUCAAUACAAUAAGUGUAUUUUUCAGAUGUUUUUCUCAGUAACACAUUAAUUUAUGAAUAAAAAUACUUAAAAUGGACUUAUACGAUGAUAUUGAUACAAAACCACGAGCUAGUCAAAUUGAUGGUUGGUCGUCGGGCAUUAAAAUGCUACAGACACAGUUGGCAAUUAAGAAAGCGCAAGGGCCAAAGGAGCUUCCUAAGAAGCCGUUGAUGACACCAGUUGUAAACUUACGUGCUAAAAAGGCAGCGGCUGAAGCGGAAGCUCAUAGUGGAAACAACUCUAAAUCAGAUACACCAAUACUGACACCUAAAACUGUUAUUACAGCCAAACCACUAGAACCUGUUAUUGAAAAUACGAAAUCGGAUGAUUGUUGGGAUUUUAUCGACGAAUAUGAUCCAAUGUGGCCGAAUGAGUAUGAAAAAUUAAAAGAGAAAAAUCAAAAUAAAGAAAAGGACCACAAAAGUAAUGCUGGAGGUGGCGGAGGACGUAGCGAAAGAAAACGCGGACGAGGCAGAAAUAAUCCUCGAGAUUCAUCGCCCACAGUUAAAUUUUCUGGCUUUGGUCAACGGCAAAGUGAGGAAGAAAAUUACAGUCCACCACAGCCAGGUGCAGUCUCAAGUAAAGGCGGCGCUGCUAUUGCGCCACCUCCUUCACUCCAAGAAAUUUCUAUAAACAAUGAAAACGGCGACGGUUCAUCAAAUGUAACCAUACCCUACUCCGCAAGCUCGGUCGCUGCAAAAAUUAUGGCGAAAUAUGGCUUUAAAGAUGGUCAGGGAUUGGGCAAACAGGAGCAGGGUAUGUCCAUGGCUUUACAGGUGGAGAAAACUUCAAAGCGUGGUGGUCGCAUAAUACAUGAAAAAGAUGUAUUCCUGCCACCACCACCAGCACCUAACAGUCCACCUGUAAGCAUGGCACCGCCAGCAGCACCUGCGCCAAUUACUCCCGGUCUAACGCUAGCACAAGCUGUUGCUGAAGUACCAGCAGCCGAACCCAGCAUUACAGAAAUAAUGAAAGAACCUAGUAAAGUUGUCUUGUUGAGGAAUAUGGUCGGUCCGGGAGACGUUGAUGAAGAUUUAGAGCCUGAGGUAAAGGAUGAAUGCAAUACCAAAUACGGUGAAGUAGCAAAUGUCGUAAUACACGAAGCUUUUGGUACAACGCCAGAGGAAGCUGUAAAAAUAUUCGUAGAAUUUAAACGGAUCGAAAGCGCUAUUAAAGCUGUGGUUGACCUAAAUGGACGUUUCUUUGGUGGUCGUCAAGUGCGCGCUGGUUUUUACAAUUUCGACAAAUUCAAAAGUUUCCAGUUACAUUGAGCUCGAAAAUUCUUUAUUAAUUACAUUUUACUAUUAGCCUAUAUUUGUAAAAUUAUGAUAAAAAUAAAUUGUUUCACUUUAAGGAUAUAAAAAGUAUUGAU